GGUCACUGUACGACAGAAGAGCAAACACGCACAGGACUGGAGAGUAUAAUAUAAAGUGCCAACUGCACAUCCUACACCUCGAACACAGCCACCCACGUCUUCCAACAGCGACACUCUGCAGCAGGUUAGAGCACCUACUUCAGCCGGACAUUGCUUCACCGUCUCCAUCUCACCGAUCAAUCGGCAAUACCUUACACAACAAGGCAAAGGCCAAGAUGUGCUUCCAGGAAAUCGAAAUCUACACCUGCACGCACGAAAUCCCGCCAGUCGACUCGAAGGAUUUCGACACGGUCUUCUGCACCAACCCCAUCUCGGAGAGAGGCGAAGAGGGUCGGUUCAAAGCGAUGAGGGGCGCUCCCCACAAACUCACCGAAUUUCCCGUGUACUGCGAGGAGGGUCGCAAGAGCGGCAGGGCUGGAGCGCACUGUCCCGAGUUUGACUACGAACGGACGUACAAGACCGACCCUCACGGCCGGACCUGUCUGGAGCAUGCGCGAGGGCCGACGGAAGAAGAGAGUGCCAUUGUGGACGAGGAGAGGCAGAAGGCGAAUGCUCAAUGGAAACGGAACUCGGACCGCUCGAGGGCGGAGUACACGCGAAGAUUGAGCAUGACGGAGCAGGUCAAUCAUAUAUCUCCGCCGGCAUCCAGUGCCGCUCCGCUACUCACGACCCUCAUCUGCGAGUCAUCGAUUGCUGCUUGGUGUGAAGGCACUGCGCGCGCGACCGCUCCCUCCGAUGCUGCAGAGCAAGGCGGAUAUGACGGGGACAACGAGGGGCAGCCAGCUCGCGCUUCCUAUUCAAGCCGCCGAGCAGCUCGAUGCCCAGGAUUGUGUGGUGAGCAUGACGAAGCUGAGCAUGACGAGAGCCGUCCACAUCAGUCGAUCUUUGGGCCCUUGUGAUGGGUAUGGACUCAAGAGGGCAGAUGCAACCUAUCAUCUCUAUGCACGUAGAUGCUGCUAGGACAUUGAGAUCAAGUUGACAAGGAGUGUGACAACGAGUACUAUUACCUGUGUCUUCAUUAG